GCGGGGCGGGCGGGGCGCGAUGGCGGCCGAGCUGCGGGAGGCGCUGGAGCGGCGGCUGCGGGACCUGGGCAUCGCCACCGUCACCGCCGAGCACCCCCAGGUGUUCACUGUUGAGGAAAUGAUGCCCCACGUCCAACACAUGAAAGGAGCUCACAGUAAAAACCUGUUUCUUAAAGACAAAAAGAAGAAAGGGUUCUGGCUGGUGACUGUCCUGCACGACAGGCAGGUCAAUCUGAACGAACUGGGUAAAAAGCUGGGCCUUGGAAGCGGAAACCUCAGGUUUGCUGACGAGAACGCCAUGCUGGACAAGCUGCGAGUGGGUCAGGGCUGUGCCACGCCGCUCGCCCUCUUCUGUGACCAGGGAGAUGUGAGGCUGGUGCUGGACGCUGCCCUGCUCCAAGGGGGCCAUGAAAAGGUCUAUUUCCAUCCAAUGACAAAUUCUGCAACCAUGGGCUUAAGCCCCGACGACUUCCUGAAGUUUGUGAGAUCAACAGGCCACGAGCCCAUCAUCGUACACUUCGAUGAAGACAUUAAGUAG